AUGUAUAAAAGUGCAGUUUAUUUGGUAAUUGUUUCAAUCGCUAUUGUCAAUGGAGAUAUUCUUGAUAGGUUACAAAACUACACGAAAAUAUUUGGCUUUUCGUCAAACGAUAUCAACAAUGAAUUGUGGACAGGUAUUAUUAGAGAUUGUAGCAAAAAGGUGACGUUUUCGUGUAUUCAAAAGAACGCGUAUAGCUACCUCGACCGAACAUUCAUCGAUAGCAAAAACAUAACAGUGUUCGAAGGUUUGAGUCUGACUCGAAAUAAUUUGGAUUAUGAGAAUUGCAAGAAAGACGAUCCAAAAGAUAACGUCGUUGAAGAUGCAAAUGGCAGUGAUGACGAGAGAUCCAAGAUCGAUCUCGAUGAUAAUGAACUUGAGAGUGAAAAACUCCAAGAAGAAGAAAAAGAGCAAGAGGAAUAUCUAUCACCGUUGGAAGAAAUAACAUAUGCAUUGAGAAAAAAAACAAUCAAAUUUUUAGCAACUAGAGACUACAAAAUUCAAUUACCAAAAAUAAUUGGGGAUGGUGCUAGUUUGAAAAUCAGUCCACGUGAGAUCGAUGCCAAUGGAGCUUUGAUUAGGAUCGAUUUUGAUAGUCAGGCGCUUGAGGAACAGCCGCAUGCUCGAUUUUUCCUGAAAAAACUUAAAAAGAAAUUGGCAGAUAAACUGAUAAUGACAGUAGUACUGAUAGUUCUACUCAUCAAAAUACUGAAGAUAAAGUUUAUGUUCGUUAUUCCAUUUCUAUUUGGCAUUGGCACAGCAAAGAAGUUAUUCCUUAAAUUGUUGCUCUUCUUUGUACCGGCUUUCGCACACGUAUUCAAAUUAUGCUCGAGUUACUAUUCUUCUCAUGCUACGAAGUAUCAUCAUCACCACCAUAAGAUCGCGCAUCAUCAUCAUCAUAUUCCAGUGCCAGUACCAGUUUACUCAUCGAAACCAUCUUCGUCGCCAAUCUACCUUGAUCAUCCCCCACCAUCAUCGUCGUCAGGAAUUUAUUUCGAUCAUCCACCAUCAUCUCAUUCAUCAAGUGGUCCUAUUAUCUUAGACGAAGAUUUCCAAGGCUAUGAUUAUGCACACCCACACAUUCAAUAUCGCAAAGAUAUUGAAGAAUUGAAAGAAUGGGGUAUCGAACCAUACGAAGAUUCCUACGAUCAAAUAGCACCGCAAGCUGGAGUUAUUUAUCCAGGACCAUCGUCAUCGUCUGAUCUACCAUCAAAAUCAAAUCCUAAAUUUCCAGGACCAUUUGGUAUUCCACCUCCAUUCGCGGUAAAUUCAAGGCCAUCGAAUUUUGCAGGACCGAAAUUCCCGCCACCGUCACAUCCUCAAAAUUUAGCUUACUCGGGAUAUAGGCCACCAAUGCCGCCACCACCGAUUAAUAAACAAUCUCCACCACCACCUCCGUCGAGUGUAUCAUUGCCCGCUGGAAUGGUGAGCAUCUCCGACUUUAGACUAUCGAAAUCACCUGUGACGCCGACAACGAAUCAGCCUAAUUACAAUAGUUAUAUACCGCAAUCACAACUGUCCCAAAAAUCGAAUCAACCUACUCAGCAGAGGUACGAUCUUCAACAACAGAACUCCGAUCCAAUAGCUGCAGCACCAGCAGUAUUGCCGCCAGCAAAACAACCAUACGACGAUGAAUUCUACGGUCCAAUAGUGAAGAAGCUAGACGAGAUCUUCGGUCAACUUCGUUUCCUCGAAGAGAGCUGUCGCGAGAGGCUUGUCUGCAGCAUGUACAAGAAUCCAGCGCUCUAUUCGCCUCACAGCAACCUCGUCUCGAACGAGUUAUCUAGGGAUCCUCAGGAAUUGCAGCAAGGAAAUGCUGCAUCUUCUUCCAGUCAACGGUUCAACCGAUACCUCAAUGCCGCUCGAAUAGGUCAAGAUGGUGGAGACUGUCUACGAACUUAUCCGUGUGGCAUCAACACUGAAUAGUUGAAUUGCAUAUAUCGACAAAUUCAAAUAAAAGAAAAAAAAUUAUUUUUUUACAAAUGAAAUAAAACAAAAGUGACACUUGAAUGUUUAAGGUUCGUUCGAUAUUUCUCGACCGUGUGAAUUAGUUACUAAUUUAUUUAUUUCAUGCAUGUGCUGUUUCUCGAGAGAUUAAUUGAUGACGAAUCUUAAACUUGUAGUAACAUUGUUUGUUAAGAUAUGCUUCAACCAAACUGAUAACAGCAAUUUUAACUACAUAGAAAAUCAAACUGUUAGCAAUUAUAUAAGCAUAUAGUGAGUGCUUACAAUAUUAUCAUGUCUCAACUUUUUGAAUUACUUAUUUAUUAAAAUAAUUUAUUUUUCGUUUCAAAUUUUAUAAAUUGUCCCAACGAGUAUAUCGUUUUGUAAUUGAUCAAAAGUUCAGUGAAAAAUUCAUUCAAUGAUCAGAAAUAUUGUAUCUAUCUUAAGUUAUUUUUACAUACUAAAUAGUCUAGUGUAGUAUAUUUACUUUUUUCGUUAAAUUAACGAAUGGA